AUGAAGUUCAGUAUCAAGAACAGUUGGUGUGAUUUUGAAUUUGAUAGUAGUACUGGUGCCGGUACACAAUCCUAUAAUAUUCCCCUUGAAAAUAUUCGUGAAGCUGAAGGUGCUCGUUUGCUGUCGUCAGACGAAAAUGAUAUAGUUUCAAGUCAAGCAACUACUAGUGGUCAUCAUAAUACAUCUGCUGCUGUUCCAUUCUCUACCCAUAAGUGGUCAAAUAUAUUUGGCUCUAUAACUGCUGUCGGCUCACGUUUUUUCUUUUUUUCAGUGGUGGUGUUAGCAAUAUGUGGAUUGAUAGGUGCUCCCAUUAAAUUAAUCAUGAAUUCAAGAAAUGUUAAUUCAAACUAUACUAGGGUUCAAGAUCUUUCAAAAACGGCUUUGAACAUCACAAUUGAAAGUUGUUUAAGUUCCAUAAUUUUCAAAGAGCAUACAAAACAGGAAAUAGUUUUAGAAUUAUCUGAGGAAAGAAAUGCGUUAGAUUUUUCAAUCGAAGAUCUACAGAUUGAUUUUUUGUUAGAGAUGGACAAAUUUACCAAUGUUACUUGCUCCAGCCUUAUUGGUAAAGAAUUUAAUAAACUAACGAGCUUAGAUUCUGCAAGCAGUUGCUCUGAGCAUGAAUGUGUUGACGGUCAAGUUAUGACAAAUGGAUUUUUCACUCCAUCGUUUGAUGGGAUUAUAAAACUAAAAGAAUACUCCUAUUUUUACUUUAAUGAUCUUGAAGACAAGUUCAUUGAUGAUUACAAGAAAAAAAUUGCCAUUAACAGUUCAGAUCUUUUAACACAAAGAAUAUUAACCGUUUCCAUUUUAACUAACCUUGUUUUGCUGUUGUUUUCAUUAGCUGAUUCUUCUGAUUCACUUUAUAGGUAUUCUCCUAAAAAGGCAUUAGCUGGUAGUCAAGCGGUUACAUUCGCCAUAAGAUCUGGUAUAUCAAUAGCUUCAGGUUAUGCUGUUAAAUCAGUUACAAAGUUCCUUGCGAAAGUUCCAGAUGAUCAAAGAUUGAAAUUAGAAAGAACUAAGCAUAAACUACAAACAAGAAUUGAAAUUGUUUCAAGUGCUAUUGAUUUAAUUAAAUUAGUUGCUAGUAGAGGUAAUACAAAUCUUUCAAGUACAUUAAAAUUAACAAAGGAUUUAAAAGAUGAAAUUGAUCAAUUUGAUGAUAAAAUCCAGACUAUAACCGAAUCUUAUGGUAAUAAGAAAGAUGUUAACUCUGUUAAUAAUGUGAAAUUAUACAUGCUGGAUCUUUUAAGUAGAAUUGAAGAAGCUAUACCAUUAAUUAAUUUAUCUUUAACAACUUCAGGUGCAAAUUUAAGUGGUACUUUAUCGAAUCAAGUCUCUCCUGGUAGAUUAUUACAAGCUUCAAAUUUUGUUAAUAAGUCAAAUGAAUUAUUCAAUAAUAAGGAAGAAUUACAAAUUGGCCCAAUGUUUCAAUUGACCUUAUAUUCAAUCUUUUAUCAUAAAGGCAGAAUAAUAAAUAAUAGAUUGAAUGAAAUUAGUUGGAAAGAAGAUUUUACAAGAGCAAAUGUUUCAGUUAUUAGAUUACCUUCUGAAAUUAAUGAAUAUGAUUAUGUCUUGAGAAUAAAGGAAAAUUUCAAUGAUGAUCGUUAUCAUGAUGAUGAAGAUGAACCAAAAUUAAUUGAAUUAGAUAUUAGUACAAUAACAAGGUUAUUUUUCAGUGCAUCUGGGAAAUUAUUAAAAUUAGAAGAUAGAUCAUCACCUGUAUUAGUCUUAAAAAUUAAUAAAAUUUUUGAUGAUCAAGAUUCUGAAAAUUCACAAUCAAGUAUAUCAGAUUUAAAUCAAAUUGAAUGGUUAUCAUUAGGUGAAUAUGAGCAACUAUAUAACGAUUCUUCAGAUGAAAGUGGAAGUGAUGAUGAAGACAAUACACCAAUCAAACCAAAACAACAAGCUUCAUCAAAAGAUCAAUCUCAAUCAUCAUUAUCAUUAUUAGAAUACAUCUUAAGACUUUGUGUCCUACAAACAAAUGAUCAAUCAUCAAUCCUUGAGGUAAAUGAUGAAAGACUAGCCUUAUACUUGAAUGAUGAAAACCAUUCAUCUGAAAAUCCAAUAUCAUCAAAUACCAACAAUGAAUUUGAAAAUGAAUCAUCCCCUGUUAGAAUUAUUGAAAGAAAACCCAAAACUAGUUAUAGUACAAAAUCAACACCAAGUAAUACCCCAAAAUCAAAUUCAACAAAUGAUAUAACAUCUCGUUUAAAAAAAUUAGAAGUUACCCAGGAUCCAUCAACUCCACAAAAACCUGGAUCAUCUUCAUCUAUUUCUGAUAAUUCUCAAGAAGAUAAAAAUGGUAGUCCUUUACCUGGUGAUACCCAGAGUAAUAUUCAAUUAACACCAUGGGAAAAGGAUAAAAUUUCAAAAUUGAAGAAUUUUGGAACUCCUGUUGGUGGUGGAUAUGGAACUCCUUCAAGUUUACUGAGGAAGAAAGUUUUAAGAAGAAAUUUGAAUGAUUAA